UGGUUACUGUUCUGCAGACUUUUUUUUCUGCGUCCGUUGGCUUUUAUUUUGAAACGUGUCACUUCCGUGUUGUUAUUUGUAUCACUGCUGACAUGUCUAACAGAUGUGUUGUGUUCUGUGUUUUACUGACCGGAUUCUGCUUCAUUUCAUGGAAACACUCGUUGAUUGGUGUUAAAGAUGCUCUGAAGUUGGCUGGACGAGGGUUCAUAUUCCUGGGCAUCUGCACAUGGCUUAUUUACAUGUUCCCGAGGCUGAAAUAUUUCUUCUUUCCAGUAUGUCAAGAGCUGCCAGACAGCCCUCUGCUCGAAUCCAACAAACAGAAACAAGAGCAAGUUAGAAGAGUUCAACAACAUCAACACAAUGACAAGACAUCUGACUAUACUGAAAGUGUGAUAAAGCCGAGGAAGAACAUGUUACUCCAGCAGAGACUGGAACGAUACCAUCGGAUGACAGGAGAGACCUGGAAACUGAGCCAGAGUUUUCCUGUCGGGGGAGAAGAGGACCAGGUGUGUGGUGAUGCUGGUGUAGACGAGAAUCCUAAUCAGGGAGCCAGAAGGAGACGCAAGCUUCUUCAGACCCUUACCCAAGAUCCUGUCCAACAGGAAGUGCCCCAGCAGAAGAAGGUCAUAGUUUUGCCUGACGAGCCAUCAGCGGAUACUGAGGGGGUUGUAAAAAUAGCUCUAAGAUGUCCAAGUGGACGAACGAUCUACAGGAGAUUCCUCAAAACCUGGAGUUCUCUACUGCUUCUUGACUGGAUGAUGAAGACCGGAUACAAUCCUGCUCUCUACACACUGUGUACAUCCUACCCCAGAACAGUGCUGAUCGCCGCUGCAGAUGUGAGCCUGGCGGAGGCUGGCAUUCUCACCAACACAGUGCUUAAUGUGGAGGAGAAAGAGCCAUUCUUUACCUAAGAACACUUCUGUUUCUGAAAAGCUUUUAUUGGACGUCAUAGAGCUGGUUAUGGAUAUCAAUGUCAGUGCUGUAAUAUCAUGCACCAGUUAAUGGGACUUUAUUCUUUACAUGUGACAUAAUUGGGAUACAUUUAAGUGCAAAUACUUUUCAUGUGCUAAUUAUGCAUAAUUUUAUGCUAAUAUUAUAGUAAUUACAUGUAACGUGUAACAAGGAAAUCUUAAAAUAAAAAUAAGUGUAACUGUAAUCUGUUACUGAGAUAAAAUGUGUGAGUAAAUUACAGUUUCUUAGC